GCCUCAUGUUCCUUAGAUGGUGAAUGUUUCUCCUCCGGCAGGUUUGAAGUUGUGUCCUCAUCAUGUCAGACGGCAGCAGAACCAUAAACGAUGUGAAGACCUUUCUCAAGUCCAGCAGAGACGCUGAUCCGCAGAAGAGGAUGAAGUUCUACGACCAAUGGGCCGAGACAUACGAACAGGAUCACAACCUGAUGGACUACAGAGCGCCACAUCAGACGGUAGACUUCCUGAAUGCCAACUUCUCUGGGAGUCGUGAGGAGGUUCUGGUUCUGGAUGUGGCCUGUGGAUCUGGAUGGGUCGCUAAACUGAUGGCUGAACUGGGCUUCAGGAAGUUUGUGGGAGUGGACGGCAGUAAAGGGAUGCUGGAACAAGCUGCAAAGACCGGCCUCUAUCAGGACCUCAGACUGGCCCUACUGGGGACAGAACCACUACCAGCACAGACUGAUGCAUUUGACGUGGUGAUGAUCGUCGGUGCUUUGCGUGACAGAUUUGUUCCAGUCAGCGUUGUGAGGGAGCUCUGCUACGCUGCCAAACCAGGAGGCUAUGUUUGCAUGUCAAGAGUGGACCCAAAGUCAGAGUCUGGAGCCAAAUACAAGGUGUGUUUGGAGAAAGAGCUGCAGCUGAUGGAGGACGAGGGACUGUGGACCCAUGUGAUCAGCCAAGAGAUGGACAGAUACAUGAUGGAUGUUUAUAAUGAUCACAAAGACCAGCACAAUGACCAGUACCUCUAUGGGACCAUGUACCUGUACAGGAAGGCACUCAAUUAGUCUGAAUGCAUUCAUACAAUGUCCCAUCUUUUGAUCAGAGUGUGUGGAAGGUGGAACUAAUUCACACCUUUAUUUGUCUAAGUUCAUGAAUUCAGAAUCACUUUUAAACAUUGUAUUUUGCAUCUGAA